UGAAAUCUUUGUCUUUACAAGACAAGACUGAAUGGGAAUAGCAGCCUCAAUGGAAGGAAGCCAUCAAAGUUGCCAUUCGCUGCAACCACCAGCGAGCCCCACCUCCCUACAAAAGCAGCUGAAUAAUUUCUUCAUGAAGCUUAUUGGCUCAGCACUCUCCGAUGAUCCACACAAGGAUGCAUUCCAAAUUGUAGAGACAGCAAUAAAGGAGCUCCUUGAUGCUGACAGGGCUUCACUUUUCCUCCUUGAUAAACAAACUCAAGAGCUGCACGCUUGUAUAUUCAGCGUGACCAAUGAAGAAUCAGCUGACGUUAAUACUGUGCAUUUAGACCAAGACCCAACAACCCCAUCACAUAUAGAAGACCAUAUUUCAAACCUUGGAAAGAAACCACUUGACAUUGUUUCAUAUAGAGGGAAACGCGUGAGCCUCCCUAUGAGCAAGGGGGUCAUUGGAUUCGUAGCAAGGACAGGCAAUUUUUUGAAUGUCAAGAAUACAAAGAAAAAUGAGUACUUUUGUAGUGAAAUCGAUAAAUUCACUGGAUACAAGACAGAAACAUUGCUCUGUGUUCCUCUAAUUGUGGAUGGAAGGGUGAUGGGGGUUCUUGAAGCACUCAACAAAAAAAGAGGGCACUUCUCAAAGAUAGACGAGCAGAUUAUUCAAUCCGUUGCCCUCGUUUGCGGUCUGUAUUUGAGUCACUCACAUCUGAAGAGGGAAUGCAAAAGAUUAGAGACCAAGUGCAAGGUUGCUAAUGAGCUACUGCAAUACCACAGAGUGUGUUCUGUACAACAUUUAAAGGAGGUAGAAGAAAUACCAAGAGCAUUAAUUCAACAACACAACAUUGAUAGUUUUUUCUGUGACACUGAUCUCAUCCCUGGCGAUAUUAAGGCUCACCUGCUUGUCAAAAUGGUGUCCAACCUUGUUGACAGCUCUCUAUUCAACUCUCAACAACUUCUCAAGUUUGCCUUAACAGUAUCUAAGAACUAUCGAUCCAACCCAUACCACAACUGGGACCAUGCGUUCCAUGUGGCGCAUUGUAUGUACUGCAUCCUGAAAGGUGCCCCAGGCUAUUUCAACAGUGUGGAGAAAUUGUCGCUUGUGCUUGCUUGUCUUUGCCACGAUCUUGACCACCGUGCUCUCAAUAAUUGCUACAUGGCGUCCACCAACCACCCUCUCUCACAACUCUACUCUACCUCAACACUGGAGAACCACCACUUCAGUCAAACCAUUGAGCUGCUACAACUGGACGGACUCAAUGUGUUCACACUGUUAGCAGAGUCACAGUACAAAGAAGCUUUUGAGAUCACACAGAAGGCAAUACUGGCCACAGACCUUGUUAAUUUCUUCAAGAAUAGAUCUGCGCUGGCUAAUGUAUUGGACUCUAAAAGUUUCAGCUGGGAGAUUCCUCGACACAAAGAUCUUGUCAGAUGUCUAAUGAUGACUGUGAGUGAUGUGUGCUCUUCUUGCAAACCUUGGGACAUUCAUGUCAAGAAUGUCACGAGUUUAUUCCAAGAGUUUCAUGUACAGGGAGAUAUGGAAAAAGCUCAAGGAUUGAGCCCAACUGAAAUGGUGGACAGAAAUUUCAAGUACAAGCUACCAAGCAUUCAAGUUGGUUUCAUCAAGGGUAUUACUGAGCCUUGCUGUCAGUUGCUAAGCACUGUAAUGCCUCAUGUCGAUUUCCUACUGCAAGCCGCAAAGUCAAACAAGGAAAUGUGGCAAGAUAUUGCUGACAAAAAGACUGAAUUACCAACAUCAUUAAAAGAUUAAAAACAAGAGACAACUACUGCUAGCAGCAUAAAAACACACACACUAAUCAACUGUAAAAUGAUUCAUAAUUUUA